AUGGCUCCGUAUUUUCCUAUUAAAGAUAUAACCACGUACAUUAAUAAUUGGACCAUUCUGGGCAAGGUCGUUGAUAAAUCGAAGCUCAGGUCAAUAAAAGGAGACAACUCGCUGUUUCACAUCGACAUAGUCGACAAGAAUGGUGACACGAUUAGAGCUAAAUUUUGGGGUGUCGCAGCUAACAAAUGGAACGAAAUUUUGCAAAAAGGAUCGGUGUACACAUUUUCGAAGGGAACGGUUAACCUGUCGAAUAAAAAAUUUAAUACUCUUCCUCAUAAAUAUGAAAUCACGUUCAACACGGACAGCUUAAUAGAGCCUUCUGACGAAGUAAACGAGAUCAAUGUCGAAAGAAAUUACGAUUUUGUAUCUCUGCGUGACAUUAAGUCGACAUCGAGGGAUCCACCGUUCGUAGUGGAUUUACUUUGCUUUGCAAAGUCAUUGACACCGAUUUCUGUGACGAACACGAAAUAUAAUAAGGAGACAAAAAGAAGAUCGUUGUUCGUGGUAGAUGAUACCAGCUAUGAGUUGGAAGUGACGGUUUGGGGAGACAUGACCGAGUCGUCAAUAUUUGAUAACAUAUUGGACAAACCGGUAAUAAUUUCACAAGUAACCAUCAAGGAAUGGAACGGUGGAAGGAUAGGACACACCGGAUACUCGAGUGACAUCAAGUUGGCCAGCGCCAAUUCAGUUAGAAAUAAGGAUAGGCUUGCAACACUGGAAUCGUGGUAUCAGCAGGCCUUGCAGCAAAACGAAGGCUUUAAGAGCAUGAAGGCACAAGGUGGACUCUCAGGAAGAGAAACAUACGAGUUCUCAACAAUCGAAAACGUGGUUACCAAGGGCAAGGGGUACUUUACAUUCAACUGUAAGCUGAGGAAGCUGUUCUGGAAAAACAAAGACGGAAGUGCCCGUCUGUGGUACAAGGCCUGCCCCAACUGCCACAAGAAGGCAAUAAACGAGCAGGACUCAAACGUUUAUAGGUGCAUCAGCUGUGACGACUCAAUAGUUCAGCCGGAGCCAAGAUAUUCGUUCUCUUGUGUCCUCAUAGACUUCAGUGGCCAGAUAGUAACAACAGUGUAUGGAGACAUGGGUAAAAAACUACUUGGCCUGAGUGAAAGGGAACUGGACGGAAUGGACAGUGAACAGUUGAGAAACACACUAGAUUUUGAUGUGUUACACAAGGACCUGAAGGUUUCAGGGUUUUUUAAAUCGAGAGUAUACAACGGCGAGUCUAGGACAGUGUUUAACAUAACUGCCUUGGAGGAAGUAAACUACGCGAAAGAAGCAGAAAACCUACUGGAGAAGAUGGAAUUAACGUACGACGCAGUGGAAAACUUUCUCGCACUAAGUAAGUCGGAAACUGAAAGGAGUGCGAAGAGACAGAAAACGGAGUAG